GUUCAGGGUUGCGUGUGUGUGUGUCUCUCUCUAGUGGCUUCUAAUCUCUAUGGUUUGGGGAACGAGCGGAGGAGGAGGGGAAGGUGACAAACGCCGAGCCGGCUGUUGGAGGUGGGGUGGCGCCAGCAGCCGCCGCCAGCGUGAGAGAUUCAAGCCUAGCAGGCCGCGGAUUCUCCCAGUCCUCCCCGCCCCACGCCUCGGCAGCCCCGAUGUGACGGGGGCCCGGCCUGCGGGGCCCAGAGCAAGGAGGAGCGGGGAGAUGAAGAAGGACGUGAGGAUCCUGCUGGUGGGAGAACCCAGAGUUGGGAAGACAUCACUUAUUAUGUCUCUUGUCAGUGAAGAAUUUCCCGAAGAGGUUCCUCCACGAGCAGAAGAAAUCACCAUCCCAGCUGAUGUUACCCCAGAGAGAGUGCCAACCCAUAUAGUGGACUAUUCAGAAUCUGAGCAAAGUGAUGACCAGCUCCAUAAUGAAAUAUCACAAGCAAAUGUAAUUUGCAUAGUAUAUGCAGUUAAUAACAAGAAUUCGAUUGAUAAGGUAACAAGCCGAUGGAUUCCUCUCAUCAAUGAAAGAACAGACAAAGAUAGCAGAUUGCCUCUUAUACUGGUGGGGAACAAAUCUGAUCUGGUUGAAUACAGUAGUAUGGAGACCAUCCUUCCCAUCAUGAACCAGUAUACAGAGAUAGAAACUUGUGUAGAGUGCUCAGCCAAGAACUUGAAGAAUAUAUCAGAACUGUUUUAUUAUGCCCAGAAAGCAGUUCUACAUCCUACAGGGCCCCUCUAUUGUCCAGAGGAAAAAGAGAUGAAACCUGCCUGUAUAAAAGCUUUAACGCGAAUUUUCAGAAUUUCAGAUCAAGAUAAUGAUGGCACCCUUAAUGAUGCAGAACUCAACUUUUUCCAGCGAAUUUGUUUUAACACACCAUUGGCACCACAGGCACUGGAAGAUGUGAAGAACGUAGUCAGGAAAAAUCUAAGUGAUGGAGUUGCAGAUAAUGGAUUAACGUUAAAAGGCUUUCUUUUUCUACAUACACUUUUUAUUCAGCGAGGGAGGCAUGAAACAACGUGGACAGUAUUGCGGCGUUUUGGAUACGAUGAUGAUCUAGAGCUCACGCCAGAGUAUUUAUUUCCUCCGUUAAAAAUACCUUCUGACUGCACAACAGAAUUGAAUCACCAUGCGUAUUUGUUCCUUCAAAGCAUUUUUGAUAAGCAUGAUUUGGACCGAGAUUGUGCUUUGUCUCCUGAUGAACUCAAAGAUUUGUUCAAAAUCUUUCCUUAUAUGCCAUGGGGACCUGAUGUCAACAGCACUGUUUGUACAAAUGAAAGGGGUUGGAUAACGUAUCAGGGAUUUCUUUCUCAAUGGACCCUAACUACAUACUUGGAUGUACAGCGCUGUCUUGAAUACUUGGGCUACUUAGGCUAUUCAAUAUUGACCGAACAGGAAUCCCAGGCUUCAGCAAUUACAGUAACUAGAGAUAAAAAGAUCGACCUCCAGAAAAGACAGACUCAGAGGAAUGUAUUCAGGUGUAAUCUAAUUGGGAUGAAAGGCUGUGGGAAAAGUGGAGUCCUCCAGGCUUUACUUGGGAGAAACCUAAUGAGACAGAAGCAUAUACAUCCAGACCACAAAUCUUAUUAUGCAAUUAAUACAGUCUAUGUGUAUGGACAAGAAAAAUAUUUACUGUUGCAUAAUGUUUGUGAAUCUGACUUCUUAUGCGAUGCUGAAACCAUGUGUGAUGCUGUAUGCCUAGUGUAUGACGUCAGCAAUCCCAAGUCCUUUGAAUACUGUGCCAGGAUUUUUAAGCAACAUUUCAUGGACAGCAGGAUACCUUGCUUAGUGAUAGCUGCCAAGUCAGACCUGCAUGAAGUUAGGCAAGAGUAUGGCAUUUCCCCAGCUGACUUCUGCAAAAAACACAAAAUGCCUCCACCGCAAGCCUUUUCUUGUAACACUAUCGAUGCCCCGAGUAAGGACAUCUUUGUUAAGCUGACGACGAUGGCCAUGUAUCCCCAUGCCCGGUUACGCUGUAUGUGCACCUGCAACAGGUGUACAUUUUGCAUCUGUCAGAACCUCCUCAACUCAGACUUGCUGCAAUCUGUAAAGAACAAAAUCUUCACUGCAGUUCUUAACAGGUCUUUGAUUUUAUUUACUAGGUUAAGAGCCCGUGUAGAUGAGUUGGGGGCCAUGCUGUUAUCAGACGAGGAGAGCAGUAUUGUUCACCAAGUUCAUGCCGUCAGCUCCGUAGAAGAUUCCAUCUUCAUGGAGUCCUCUCUUGAUCCGCAAUCACUUGAAGACAGGCAUGUGACACAAGCAGACCUCAAGAGCUCUACCUUUUGGCUUCGAGCAAGUUUUGGUGCUACCGUCUUUGCUGUUUUGGGCUUCGCCAUGUACAGAGCAUUACUAAAGCAACGAUGAUCUGGAAGAAAGCACAUUUUGGGAGGGAGGGGAGGGGCCUACCAAAAGAAAAACUUUUAUGUACAUUCUAAAUCUGCUAGAAAUAUUUAUAUAUGCGAGUUACUUUAUUCUUAUUUGUAAUUCAUGGUUAUGAUGAUUUUAAAUGAUUAGUUCUAACUUGCAGUAUUGCAUAGGUUGUGGAAGAGAGGUUUUGCAUUACAGUGGCUGUCUAAAAAUGGCUACAUUUGUAAGGCCAAAGGGAAUUAUUGUAAAUAUAUUACUUGUAUAUAUUAAGGCAACGAGGCACAAUGUUCCCAACAGUUAUUAGAAAUACAAUUCUCAGAAAUUUCAAGUGGAGUGAAAGAGAGAGCAAUUGGAAUUUAUUUUCAGCAAUGUAGGUUCAAGUCCAGGAUCACCACUUAUUUAUUUCACAGAUUUCUAAAGUUCUCUUCUUGGACUACAGGGUUUGGGGAGGGCUAUUUAUUUUUUCUUAACUGAACUGCUCCGUUACCCACCAAUCUUAUUUCACUGAAGUCCCAAAUUUGACAGAUUUGAUGAGUUUGUAUCCUACAUUGUACUGCUGCCUCUGUGCCAGAGGCCAAAUUGGGGAAAGUGAAGGAUGAGGGUUCCUUUUUGAUCUUAACAAAAGCAGGUGUCAUCAACUAUUUGUCAGCAUCUGACACUGUGUGCCAGUCUGUGUGGCUCUCUUAUCUUCCAUUCUAUUGUGUUUUAUAGCCCUUUCAAAUCCAAUGGGCAAUCAGUUUGUAUAUUAUAGCUGUUUAUAAUUCACCCGUGUUAGUUUCAUCCCCUCACUUCUUGUGCCAGUCAUUCUUCUACAAGCUGUGUAUGGAAUAGAACUGAAAUAGUGCACAGUGCUUUAUUCUACUUGGUAGUAGAUUAGUUGCAUGGUUUGCGCUGCAUCCUAUACCUGGCUGGAAUUACCUAUAGGUGGCAUUUUUUAAACAGACAAAAAAUGAGGAGGGUCAAGCAACCCAAGAAAUGGAAAUUCUUCCUGUCAACUCUGUUCCCCCCGCCCCCAUCACUGGCCUUUUCAAGUAUUUCAAUAAAUAACUGUACUGUG